AUGGAGUUUGCCAGUCGAUUGUGUGGCUUCGAUAGGUUCCUCCCUGGCAAACAGUUUGAUGAUACCUAUCGAUGGCAUCGUCGCCUCAUACACCAACAGCUGGGAACCAAGUCAGCUGUUGCUCGCUAUCACGACAUUCUGGAAGGCGAGGUGCAGCACUUUCUGGUACGAGUCUCGCGCGAGCCCGAGAAUCUACUAAAACUUUUUAAGACUGUGACGAGCGCCAUUAUUCUCAAGAUUACGUACGGCUAUUCCAUAGAGCAGGAAAAAGACGACGAUCUUGUCAACUUGAUUGAGCAAAUGAUGAUCAAUCUUUCGUUUGCCUUUGUUCCGUUGGCAUGGCCAGUGGACAUUGUACCCGGGCUCAAAUACCUCCCCAGCAGCCUCCCCGGAAUGAAGUUCAAGAAGACGGCUCGACAAUGGAAUCAGGUCAACCAAGAGGUAGCAGACGUGCCAUACCUAUUCACACAGAAGCAAAUGGCCGGUCAAUAUCCUCGGCCGUCAUAUGUGUCCAGGUUGCUCCAGCAGAGCAGGGACAACGGGGAAGAGAAAUCUGACGAAGAACUCCGCCAGCUCGAGGACGCCAUCAAGCACACGGCCGCCAUUAUGUUCGCCGGGGGUGCGGACACCACUGCGUCCAAUCUGAGCAGCUUCCUUCUAGCAAUGGCUUGCUUUCCGGAGGUUCAGAGAAAAGCACAGAAAGAAAUCGAUGACGUAGUCGGCACAGAUCGGCUGCCGUGCUUCGAAGAUCGGAGCAAGAUGCCAUACAUUGAGGGGGUGAUCAAGGAGGCCCUGCGCUGGCUACCCGUUGCUCCGAUAGGGACACCCCAUACGGCAAGCGAAGACACCACCUGCGGUGGGUAUGAUAUUCCCAAGGGGGCCCAGCUGAUGCCCGGGAUAUGGUGGUUCACGCACGAUCCUCAAGUCCACCGAGACCCUGAUGCCUUUGACCCUGAACGAUACUUUUCGCCGCGCAAUGAACCAGAUCCCCGAUCCGUGGUGUUUGGGUUCGGGCGCAGAAUUUGCCCUGGUCAAUAUCUCGCCGACGCGAAGCUUUUCCUGAUCAUCUCCCAGCUCCUGGCUGUUUUCAACAUUUGCAAAGCCGUCGACGAAAACGGAUCGGAGAUUGACGUGAAGCUCGAGGCCACGCCAGGACUCAUCGCCCACCCGGCCGAUUUCCCGUUUAGGAUCCUACCGAGAAACGCGCAAAAGACGAACUUGCUCCAGAAGAUUCAGACAGACCAUCCGUGGGAGGGAAGCGACGCAAAUCUUCUGGGGGAAAUUGCUUCGCAGAAGGUUUAG